AUGCUGGAAAACAGCCCGAAGGUCCAUUUAGUGUCAGUAAUUCCCCCACUAGAUGUUGUUCUGCGAUUAUCGGGACCAAUUUUCAACAGCGGUCACUAUAUGACCGCAGAUAAUUGGUUUACCUCUAUUGAUCUUGUAAAAGCCCUAAAAGAUAAAAAACUUUCUUACAUUGGAACAAUAAGAAAGAAUAAAAAAGAAAUACCUCCCUGUUUUGUGAAAUCUAAGGGAAAAGAAGUACAUUCAAGCUUAUUUGGUUUUUCUAAAAACUGCACUUUAGUUUCAUACGUACCGAAAAAAGGCAAAAAUGUUUUGCUUGUAUCAAGUAUGCACUUUGAUGAUACUAUAGAUGCAGACACCGGAGAUGAAAAAAUGACAGUUAUAAUCACAUUUUAUAAUGAUACAAAAUGCAGUGUUGAUGCUCUGGACAAAGAUGUGUGGAACUUAUAA